CCCUUCCUCCUCCCGUCAUGUUCACCGCUGCUCGUGCAUCCCUUCGUGCUUAUGUGCCUCGCGCAGGCAACUAUGCGGGCAUCCCCCGCUCGCUCAUUGCGCGUAACAUGAACUCAAAGGUUUCCGGCCCCGUCGUCGGUAUUGACUUGGGAACAACAAACUCUUGCGUCUCCGUUAUGGAGGGCAAGACGUCCCGAGUCAUUGAAAACGCCGAGGGUGCCCGGACGACGCCGUCCGUCGUCGCGUUCACCAAGCAUGGAGAGCGCCUCGUCGGUCUUCCUGCGAAGCGUCAGGCGAUCGUGAACUCCGCAAACACCGUCUUUGCGUUCAAGCGCUUGAUCGGUCGGAAGUUCUCGGACGCCGAGGUGAAGGAGGACAUGAAGCACUGGCCAUUCAAGGUCGUGCCGAAGCCGGACGGCAGGCCAGCGGUUGAGGUGGAGAACGGUGGCAAGACCCAGCAGUUCUCGGCUGAGGAGCUGUCUUCGAUGGUUCUCGUCAAGAUGCGUGAAACUGCGGAACAAUACCUCAACAAGCCCGUGAAGCACGCGGUCAUCACCGUGCCGGCGUACUUCAACGACGCGCAGCGACAGGCGACCAAGGAUGCCGGCCAGAUCGCCGGUCUCGAUGUCCUCCGUGUCAUCAACGAGCCCACCGCGGCAGCGCUCGCAUACGGUCUCGACAAGAACGACUCGUCCGUUAUCGCCGUCUACGAUCUUGGAGGUGGUACAUUCGAUAUUUCUAUCCUCGAGAUGCAGAAGGGCGUCUUUGAGGUCAAGUCGACGAAUGGUGACACCCACCUGGGUGGUGAGGACUUCGACAACGUGCUCGUCAAGUACAUCCUCGACGAGUUCAAGAAGGAGAGCGGCAUCGACCUGUCGGGUGACCGCAUGGCCAUUCAGCGUGUCCGAGAAGCUGCUGAGAAGGCGAAGAUCGAACUUUCGUCAACCUCGCAGACCGAGAUUAACCUGCCGUUCAUCACUGCCGAUGCCUCCGGCCCCAAGCAUAUCAACAGCAAGCUCGUUCGCUCCAAGUUCGAGUCAUUGGUCGGACCUCUCGUGCAGCGCACUGUUGACCCGUGCAAGAAGGCGCUGGCUGACGCUGGUGUGAAGGCUAGCGAGAUUGACGAGGUCAUCCUCGUCGGUGGUAUGUCUCGUAUGCCGCGGGUCGUCGAGACCGUCAAGUCGGUGUUUGGCCGCGACCCCAACAAGGGCGUUAACCCCGAUGAGGCGGUUGCUAUCGGCGCUUCUAUCCAAGCUGGCGUUCUCGCUGGCAACGUCACUGACAUCCUGUUGCUCGAUGUCACCCCUCUUUCGCUCGGUAUCGAGACUCUCGGCGGAAUCAUGACUAAGCUAAUCCCCCGCAACACCACCAUUCCGACGAAGAAGACUCAGACCUUCUCGACCGCCGCGGAUGGCCAAACUGCCAUCGAGGUGAAGAUCUUCCAGGGUGAGCGUGAGCUCGUCCGCGACAACAAGCUGCUCGGCAACUUCAACCUCGUCGGCAUUCCGCCUGCACCCAAGGGUGUCCCUCAGAUCGAGAUCACCUUUGACAUCGACGCCGACGGCAUCGUGCACGUCACGGCCAAGGACAAGGCGACGAACAAGGACCAGAGCAUGACCAUCGCAUCCAGCUCAGGUCUCAGCGAUAAGGAUAUCGAGCGGAUGGUCGCCGACGCGGAGCAGUUUGCGGAGCAGGACAAGGCUCGCAGGGAACUGAUUGAGGAGGCCAACAAGGCGGAGUCCGUAUGCGUGGACACGGAGAAGGCGAUGAACGAGUUCAAGGACCAGCUUGACACCGCGGAGAAGGAGAAGGUCGAGAAGCUCGUCGGUGAGCUCCGUGAGCUCGCCACCAAGGGCCAGGCUGGCGAUGCGUCGUUGACUGCGGAAGGCAUCCGCGAAAAGAUCAACGAGACUCAACAGGCAUCCCUUGGCCUGUUCCAGAAGGUAUACGAGAAGCGGGCCGCGGAGAACAGCCCCGACGCCUCGAAGGAGGAGAAGAAGGAAUAAACGCCUUUGCCUUUCACCUUGCGAUCCGUCCUCGCAUUUCGUCGUCUUCAUUCUGCUUGCAUCGCAGUGUCGCCUACGAACCGCACGCUGCCCGCAUUCUCACUCGUUCACGCCGCAUACUCUAGACUCACGCAUAUGUUUUAAAAGUACACCACUCUGCCUAUAGUUCAUUUCGUCUGCAUGCUUUCGAUCACGUACCCCCUCUCAAUAUUGCUACUUAUGCCUUGGUGUAGACGAUUACCAUACGCUAAUGAUCUUCUGUCAAGGCAAUGUAUUGGAUUGAAAAC